AUGGCAACUGGGGUCCCUAUCUCAGAGCUCUGUGAAGAAGUGACUUGUUCAAUUUGUCUGGAGUUUUUCAGGGAUCCGGUGACUGUUGACAACUGCGGUCACAGUUUCUGCAGAGUCUGCCUGACCCAGAGCUGGGGAGAGAUGGGGGCAGAAGCCUCCUGCCCCCAGUGCAGAGGGGCAGCUCAGACAGGGAACCUCCGGCCGAACUGGCUACUGGCAAAUAUCGUAGAGAAAGUUGAGAGGCUCAAUCAUCUAGAAAAAAGUGUGGGAGAAGAAAAGAGGGCAGAAGGAAAGGGGACAGUCUGCGAGAAGCACCAGGAGUCCCUGAAACUCUUCUGCCAAGAGGAUCAGGUUCUCAUCUGUGUGGUCUGCGACAGAUCCAAGGAGCACAAACAUCAUGAAGUGAUUCCUCUGGAGGAAGCAUUUCAAGAGUACAAGGAUAAAUUCCACACAUACCUUGAAAUUCUGGCGAAAGAGAAAGAAACAAUAGUCGCCUGUAAAGCGGACACAGAAAAGGAAAGUCAACAUUUGCUUGAGCAAACAGAAUCUGAGAAGCAGAAGAUGGCGGCUGGCUUCAGGCAACUACACCGGUUCCUGGAGGAAAAAGAGCAGAUUCUGUUAGCCCAGAUGGAAAAACUCAUACAGGAGAUUGCAAGAGAAAAGGAUGAGCACCUGGCCAGACUCUCCAAGGAACUCGCUUCUCUUGAAAGUCUCACCCUAGAGAUGGAAGAAAAGGUUCAGCAGCCAGCCAGUGAACUCCUGCAGGAUGUCAGAAGCCCCUUGCAGAGGUGUGAAGAAAACAUUGAGGAAAGGUUUGAGAACCCAGUGGCAUUGCCACUUGAACUGAAGUGGAGGAUCCAGGACAUCUGUGAUCUAAACUGCUUUCUGGAAGUUGUUAUGAAGCAGUUCCAAGACACUCUGGUAUCUGGGCUUCAGCUGCAGGAAGCAAAUGUGACUCUGGAUCCAGACACAGCCCAUCCUCACCUUAUCCUGUCAGAGGAUUGUACAAGUGUAAGGGAGGGAGAUGAAGCUCAAGACUUGCCAGACAAUCCUGAGAGAUUUGACCAAUUCGCUGCUGUACUGGGAUGUAAGGGAUUCACAUCAGGAAGACAUUUUUGGGAAGUUACUGUGGGAUGUGAGGGAGGAUGGGCUGUCGGGGUCUCCAGGAAGUCUGUGAGGAGAAAGGGUGCUAUAGAGUUUAGUCCUGAGGAAGGAAUCUGGGCAGUGGAAAAGUGGUUAGGUGGGUACAAUGCUUUCAUAGGUCCUCAUUAUGAGCCCUUGAUACUGAGCGGAGAGCUUCGAAGGAUCCGAGUUUACCUGAACUACCACGUGGGCAGAGUGGCCUUUUUCGACGUGGACACAGCAGCCCCUCUCUAUAUAUUCUCAGGAGCCUCUUUCUCUGGAGAGACCCUUUUCCCUUUCUUUUGGGUGCACUUAAAAGCCCAACUUGAUCUCUCCCCUUAAAGCAGUCAGACCUUGUUGCUGUGUCUUGUGAGUCUAGUUUAGCGAACAAAAAAAUCCCAAAACAGUCAUUGUCCGUGAGCCCCCUUUUUGGCUCUGCCAAGACAGGCUUGCAGUCACCAAAGCUAACUAAAAUGAUGUCGGCUUUCUCCCCCCACCCCGGUCUCACUAUAACUUUUGAGAGGGGUGGGGUUGCAGUCACAUAUUAAAUUAAUUAAUAACUGGAUCUAAGGCUCAUUCCGCACAUGCAGAAUAAUGCACUUUCAAACUGCUUUCAGUGCUCUUUGAAGCUGUGCGGAAUGGCAAAAUCCACUUGCAAACAGUUGUGAAAGUGGUUUGAAAAUGCAUUAUUUUGUGUGUGCGGAAGGGGCCUAAGGGAAAGGCAGAAGUGAAAAUCAUUGGCCAUAGGUAUUGGGACAGUUUUAUUAACCAUCUCAUAUGUGAAGUUGCAUUUUGAAAAUAGGCAGAAGUAUAGCCAAACCAGCUCUAUCUCCACAAUAUUCAUCUUCGUCUAUACCUUUAUAGCAUUAAUCUGUGUAAGUAUUUGAUACUUUUCUAAUAAAAAUAAAAAUGCAGAGAUAUACAUCUAAGUCAUCUUGGUCACCACAUUAUUAGUAUCUUCGACACGCACACACCUCAUUUCCAGUUCUCCUCAGACCUGUCACUGGUCAUAAAGAUGUAUUCCCUCAGGGCCAGACUAGACACUGUGUCCCACAGUCUGCUGUGAAGA